UUUUUUUUUGGUUUUGAUUUGUUCAAUCCCCUUCGUCUCUGUCUCGCACCGAAGAAAGAGGAGGAAGACGAGCGAGCACGCUGCGUCCGCUGCCGCCACCACCCGACGACGAUUGAUCGAGCUCGAGCUGAGCCCGCGCGCGGAUCCACCAAACCGAGGUGCAGUGGAGAUGAGUCGCGCGCACGACGGCCCCAGAUCGUUCUUCCCUGUGGGGAAUCCCCUUCGAGUUAUGUUUCCGGGGGGAGCACACCUAUCUCGUAAGCUCCAAGCGUUGCUGACUUCAUAUGAGGACGCCUUGGCUCUGAGCUUGAGGAAGCUCAAGCCGGCGGCUGCCUCAGAUGUCCUCACCUUGUCAUGGAUGAGGCUUGCGGUGGAUUGCCUGUCAGAGCUGCAUACCAACAUAGGCACACUGAUAACCGAUCUUGAGCUGCCGGUCUCGGAUUGGGAUGACAAGUGGGUGGACAUUUAUCUCAACAGCAGUGUGAAGCUGCUGGAUAUUUGCAUUGCGUUGAGCUCAGAGCUCUCUCGAUUGGAUAAGGGACAGUUGCUUUUGCAGUAUGUCCUGCAUUUGUUGGGCUCGGAGAGUGGCAUGCCAUCACAGGAACAGCUCAAGAGAGCUGAGCCAUCGCUUAGGGAGUGGAUGGAGCUGGUGGGCAUAAGAUGUCCAAGGCUUGUUGGCUGCUCGACAACCUUGCAGGAGCUUUCUGGGAACCUUUGUCUGAUGAAGGUCAAGAAUUCUGCUAAAGGCAAGGUGCUCAUGAGAGCAUUGUAUGGAGCCGAGUCUGUGACAGUAUUUAUAUGCAGUGUUUUUGUAGCUGUACUGUCUGGCAGCCCCAAGCCAUUGGUGGAGUUGCACGUGCCUGAAAAAUUUGGUUGGUCCCAAGCCUUCAAUGAUCUUCAUGCUGCCAUCAGUGAAGAACUCACAACACAAUUAUCUGGACGAAGUGUUGCAGCUGUGAAAGAGCUCGAAGAAGUUGAAGCUUGUGCCAAAAGGCUGCAUGUAUUGGCUAGUACUUCCCAGCUUGACAAAGAUACCGCCAGCUUGCCUGAUGCUGUUAGCCAUACAAAGGAAGUGGUUAUGACAGGCAGCGUUGCACUGGAAGGAGACUGUCAGGGUAGUCUUAAACUUGCUGAUGACACUACCAGGGAGUGUGAAGUGGCAGUGUCAGAGACUACUGCAGAAGAAGAUUCACAAGAAGCUGAAAUGAAGAAGGAUGCCAAGACUAUGAGCUGUGAAAAGGAAGUGGCAAUGGUUGAGAGAGUCACUUUCAGAGAGCACAAAGAUAGUAAAAUGAAGCAGGUGAAUGGCAGCAGUGAUGAGAGCGCCCUGGUUGUUCCUGAGAGAACCAGUGUCCAGGAGAGUAAGGAAGAAUUGCUAAACUGCAUAUCCAGCAUGUCGAAAAGUGCCGAGGGACUCCGUCUAGGAUUGGAUUCCUUGUCAAAGCGUGUAGGUGACUUCUUCCAGAUCGUGCUUACUGGACGCGAUGCGUUGCUCUGCAACCUCAGGAUCUCGGACGCAACAAGCAAGGUCGCCGAGGUCAGUUCUUGAUAUGCUGUGUAAGGUUUUCUGCAGGGUAAUGUUUGUGUAGCUAGUGUGGCGCAGCCCGGCAGCACAGCUUUGUGCAUUGUGCUUCUGAUCUGUGGCCCCUGUUCAGCCUCACAAAAACUAAGCCGGGGCCACAUCUCAGAAGCACUGUGUAUAAUCCCGUUCUGCUAGUUGUGCCUGGUGCCGUGCAAAUCUUCUAUAGCCCGUAGCAUGAGGCGCUGUGAUUGUAUCCUUCUGAGGUGUUCUAUACAGACAUCUGUUUACUUUUGGGAAGUAGAGUAGUGUUGUUGUAGCAGGUCAUGCAAGUGUACAAAGGCGCUAGUGCAGUCAGUAGUAACUAUAGGUAAGCUGGAGUGUGCUAGCAAUGUACGAGUAGAUGAAUGUGUUAUGCUAAGAGUAAAUCAUUAUGUGCUCUCGAUAACUAUAACUGAACCUGUAGUCAUCUUUUUGUUUACUUUUGGAAGUAGAUACAUAGUGUUGCUGUAGGCUUGUAGCAAGGUCAUGCGAGUGUACUCUGUAGAGGCUUGGGGGUGCAGCAACUGUAUGUAAGCUGGAGUGUGCUAGGCAAUAUAGUUUUGCAAAGAACAAGUCAUAUGGAGUAUACUGAACUUGCAAUGGUAUAACCAACUCGUACUCGAUCUGUCAUUGACUCAUUCUGAUUGCUAU